GCGGGAGGAGGAGAUCGCUGGCUUUCUAUCACACGGGCACAGAAGGCUAUUGAUUGCCACGUCAACGGGAUUAAUCAAGUAAUAAGUGGCUGAUUGAUUGCUUGACUGAUUGCUACUUUCGACAUGGCGCCUCCUAUUACAAUGCCUCGUUGCGAGGAUGUGGACAUGAGCAAAGCAGUCUUCAACGUUAAGGAAACAGUCGCCCCCCGCCUGGUGGGGAGGGCCCUUCGAUUCUUCGUGUGGAUCUGGGAGUCGAGACUAUUCGGGCCAGCAGUGCUGAACAUAAUGUUGCGCAAAAACGGUAUUGUCGAGAUGCUGAGGAGAAGAAAUAUCCCCGAGGAGCCGACAUUUGUGCCAUGCCUUCCUGAUGAUCUGGCUACAGAGAAUGGGAUUAUGUUCGUUCCGCCUGGCACUUCACCAAGCGACCAAGUGAGCAGUGCUUUGGAUGGCCUCUCUGAGAGGAAGUUUGAGAACAGGGAGUCAUUACUAGGAGGGCAAGCGUGGAGGCGAUGGACGAUCAGGGAUUACCACAACGCAUAUAUGAAGGGCAAAAUCACUCCAACAGAGGUUGCGGAGCGGCUGCUGCGCUUUUGCGAGCAGUCAAGGAAAGAGGCGAUUCCUAUGAACUUCUUUACUCAGAUCAAUCCAGAUGAUGUGAGGAGACAAGCAGAGCAGUCCACUCAAAGGUACAAGUCAGGAUCACCCCUUUCUGUGCUUGAUGGCGUUCCAAUUGCGAUCAAGGACGAGAUAGACUGCCUUCCUUAUGAAACAACAAUGGGGACGACAUGGAUGGGGAGGGCACUCCCCGUGCAGCAGGAUGCCACAUGCGUGGCAAGGUUGAGAGAAUGCGGAGCAAUAAUUGCGGGCAAGACAAACAUGCACGAGAUUGGUAUGGGAACCACAGGACAAAAUGUUCAUUUCGGGACGCCGCGUAAUCCAUACAACACCAGCAGAUAUACAGGUGGAUCUUCCUCAGGCUCAGCUGCUGUUGUGAGUGCAGGGCUCGUGCCGGCAGCGUUAGGAGCUGAUGCUGGAGGUUCGAUUCGCAUUCCUGCUUCACUAUGCGGAGUGGUUGGCCUCAAACCUACUUUUGGGCGAGUCAACGCCAAAAAUGGGUCUUUCCAUUUGGUUCCUUCUGUUUGUGUAACUGGACCGAUCUGUGGGACAGUGGAAGACACAUUGAUCAUGUAUGCAGCACUUGCUGGGAAAGGACCACAAGACCAACCACCAAGCGUACUGGGAACGAAACCAGACAGAAUGCUUAUACUCCCUGAUCUGGGUCCAUCAUAUUCAGCUGGAAUGCCUGCAUGGGGGGUUCUGGAUGGAAUUCGGAUUGGCAAGUAUAAUCAGUGGUUCAACUUAGCAAGAUCUGACAUUGUUGAGGCCUGCGAAAGUGCACUUCAGGCCUUUGCGAAGACCUACAAUGGUCGUGUUAUGGACAUUGUGAUUCCAGAGCUGGCCGAAAUGCUAAAUGCUCAUAGAGUUACCAUUGGAUGUGAAUGCCGAUCUGCGGUGAAUGCACACUACGAGGCAGGGCGGAGGAAGGACUUCUCUCAUGAAGUAAGGAUGACACUGGUGUCUUUUGGAGGUUUUAAUGCAUGUGACUAUCUUCAUGCACAACAGAUCAGCUUACGACUAUAUGGCAUUCAGUGUGAUUUUGCAAUUCGUAAUUCUGUCAUUUCAUCAUGGCUCAUUUUCCUUGUAAUUUGGUAUCAGAGCCCGUUCAAGCUGCUCCGCUGGCUGCAGCGCAUUGGUGAUUUGGUGCUGUGCAGCGCAAAAGCAUGGCUUCAUGUUGUAUCUGACGGGCUCCUUUAGUAUUCCUGAGAGGAAAAAGAGAGGCCCAAAGACCAACCAAGCUUGGACAGGGGACGAGUGACAAAAACACCUUCAUUAAGAAGCCUGCAAACUGCAAGGAACAUGAGUAUGGACGAAGCACAGAAAUCCAGAAUGCAAAAUCACACUGAAGUCCAAGUAGUCAAAGCCAAAGCAGAUAGCACAUGGAACCGAGUAACAAUCCAAUUAAGAAUGAUACAGAAGAAUCGUGAGUCAAUGUCCAUGCCCAACAGGGCAACACCAACAGCAUAACCCAAAUGUAACUCUCUCUUGUGAAUGGCGCCAGGCGCCCUAUCUACUCUACAGCUAUCCUACAACUACAGCAAUGAAAAGCAACCAGACAA